CUUAGGUACCUAUCCAAGUUCAAAGACCAUGAUAGAGCAAGACAACAUGGCAAGGGGGCUUUUGUUUGAAUUAAGAACUUAUGCCCUUUCUUUUUUAGGUUUGGAUGACAUUGAUUGCCGUAUCUACUUGUCUUGCUUGUUUUAGGCCGUUUCCGUAGGCUUGCUCCGUAUUCGGUCGACCACCCGCCAGACUCUUAGGUGGUACUGGACUCCAUCCAUUAGUACCUUACCUUACUUUAGUACCUUGGUCCAGUUGACCAGCUCACCCUUCUAUCAACGUAGCACUACCUCACACCUGUCGUCCUCGACCAACGCGCGCGCGCAAAAUACCACGAAUAACAUCGUCAUUUUGUGUGUGCAUAUCAGUAUUAUAUAUUCGCAAUGGAAGCCGCUUCUGCUCGCGCUGCGGCUCGCGAUCGUUGGGGCGAUUUGCCAUCAUCUGGCCGAACCCCCUCCCAGCUCCAGCGCUUCAUCCAGGCUGCCUGCAGUCCCGAGAACUACGAACCCAACCUCGCCCUCAAUCUCGAGAUCGCCGACCUUAUAAACUCAAAGAAGGGAAGUGCUCCUCGUGAGGCUGCUACUGCAAUUGUCAACUACAUCAAUCAUCGCAACCCCAACGUUGCUCUGCUCGCCUUGGGCCUUCUUGACAUAUGUGUUAAAAACUGCGGAUACCCCUUUCACCUACAAAUCGGUACAAAGGAGUUCCUCAAUGAGCUCGUCAGAAGGUUUCCCGAACGGCCGCCAAUGCGCCCUACACGAGUCCAGGCCAAAAUCCUCGAGGCGAUUGAGGAAUGGCGAGGGACGAUAUGCGAAACGAGCCGAUACAAGGAGGAUCUAGGAUUUAUUAGGGAUAUGCACCGAUUAUUGAGUUAUAAAGGAUACGUCUUUCCUGAAGUGCGGAGAGAGGAUGCUGCUGUAUUGAAUCCCAGUGAUAACCUCAAGUCCGCCGAGGAAAUGGAAGAGGAAGAGCGAGAGGCGCAAUCAGCUAAACUUCAGGAACUCAUUCGCCGCGGUACCCCCGAGGAUCUCCAAGAAGCCAACCGACUUAUGAAGAUCAUGGCUGGCUACGAUACACGGUCAAAGACCGACUACCGCGCAAAGGCUGCUGAGGAGGUUGCCAAGAUCCAGGCUAAGGCGCGAUUACUAGAGGAGCGACUCGACUCCUUCAAGGAGGGUGACAAGAUGGAAGAUGGUGAUGUCUUCAGCGAAUUGGCUGCUGCCCUACAGAGCGCCCAGCCUAAGAUCCAGAAGAUGUGUGAAGAGGAAUCUGACGAUCACGAGGCUGUCGCCAAGCUGCUCGAGAUCAACGACAGCAUACACCGAACAGCAGAGCGGUAUAAGCUGAUGAAGAAGGGUGAUAUAGAGGGCGCUGCCAAGGUUGCCGCCGGUGGAACCCCCCCCUCUGCUCCAGGAGCUACAGCAUCGUCUUCAAGCGCAACGAAUGAGCUGUCUCUCAUCGACUUUGAUGUUGAUGCCAGCAGUAAUGGUGCUCAGUCAAGCAAUGCCGCUGCACCUUCUGCAAACGCCGGAGGCCUUGAGAAUGACCUCCUCGGCCUAGAUAUUGGCGGAGAGUCGAGCAGUUUCGGGCAAGGCGGCGGUAUUGCUCUGGGCUUUGGCGCAAAUCAAAAUAUUCCUGGACCUGCGUUAUUAUCUUCCAUGACUCAGGACAACUCUGCCCGAGGUCAAGUUUCAACUCCAACUCCUCCCCCCUUUUCACAAUUCGCCUCCUUCUCACAGCCCGUCUCUCAAUCGACGACACCUCAGCCUCACUUCCAACAGCAGCCUCCUCCCCCAUCACAGCCCGCCUCUGAUCCAUUCGCUAUUCUUGGUGCCGGCAACUUGAACUCUCAACGCGCGUCUCCUGCGCCCCCUCAACCGCAACCCGCUGCUACAGCCAACGAUGAUGACGAGUGGAACUUCUCCUCUGCUCUCCCCCCAGAGCCAAGCAAGCCAAAGGAGCACAAGGCUGUUGUGAGCAACACAAAUGUGAAGAUUGAGAUGAUUGCCAGACGAGCACCUGGCAAUGAGAACGCUAUCAACAUCGUGUUUGCCUUUUCCAACAACGUGACACAGCCCAUCGGCGAACUUCACUUCCAGCUCGCCGUGACAAAGGGCUACGAACUUCAGCUCAAGCCUCAGACUGGUCGCGAUCUCGCCCCCCAGCAAAACCGCGGUAUCACGCAGGAGGUGCAGAUCUGGCACGCGGGCAACCGCGCUCAAAAGGUCACAAGCGCCAAGCUGCGGUGGCGUGCCUCAUACAAGACCGGCGAACAGACUGUCAACGAGAUGGGCGAGGUCACCGAAUUCAGCCUCGCAUAAGAACAGUGUUUUGCUUCCCGGGGUGGAAGCAGGCAGUAUAUGCAGGAAGUAAGUGAAAGAGUGGGAUGGGGUUUCAAAGAAGGGUUGAAGGACUACUUUCUCGUUUGUUGAUCAAGAUGGACUGGAGCAUAGGACAGAAGAGAAAAAGCGAGACAGCGGAUGCUUUCUGGUUUGUCAAGUGGGCAGUUGCCUCGAAUGAUUUGCGUAUUGUGAUUGCGACAGGCUUCUUCGCAAACUUGAGUCGUUGAAUGCAUUUGGAUUCAGAUCAUGAAUGACAGGAGUUUGUUCACGACGAAACGCAAUUAGAAGUUCAAGUCUGUGAUUUUGGUCACCAGGGCAAAUUACAUGGCAAAGCGCAACUUUGAUAUAGGCUGGUUAUUGCUAUAGUCAUUAGAC